AACAUUCUCAAGUGGGGCGCGAGUGGCAACAGUGACAGAUUUGACGAAUCGCUGAUAAGAAAAGCGCUGAUAAAGAACAUAUAUAAUCUACGGCGACAUGAAUGUGUUCUUAUUCCAUCUGAAAUGCAUUAAAAUCCGGGUGUCGUUAGGCGUGGAGAUUCGUCGUCCUUCCUGGUAGCAUUAGCGUGUUUCAUCGUUAUCUCUUCCUACGAUAAGAAGAAAUAAAAGAUGGAGCAGUCCCGUGUUAAACGGUGGUCUCAAUAUUUAGCAGCGAUUACAGCUACCUUAUCGCUGGCAGCUACCGGAUCUCACAUAGGCUGGACGUCACCCAUCUUGCCAGUACUGAAGUCAACUGAUUCCCACGUCCCCAUAACGUCCGACGACGCUUCCUGGAUUGCCUCUUUCUACCUUUUGGGCACCAUUCCCGGAUGCAUCGUGGCGGCUUUAAUCGUAGACCGAUUAGGUCGGAAGAUAAGCCUGUUGUUAGGCGGCGUACCUCUGACUCUCUCAUACAUUCUGAUCAUUGCAGCGUGGAAUCCUUACAUUCUUUACGCUGCUCGCAUUAUCGGUGGUAUCGGCCAGGGCAUAGCGUACGUCAUCUGCCCGAUGUACAUCGGCGAAAUCGCCGAUAAGGAGAUUAGAGGUACCCUAGGUUCCUUCAUCAAGCUGAUGGUAACCUUCGGAGAGUUAUAUGCUCAUGCAAUCGGGCCGUUUGUCUCCUAUUGGUUGCUCGGUUACAGCUGCCUGGUGAUCCCGCUGAUAUUCUUCCUCAGCUUUCCUUGGAUGCCCGAAUCACCGUAUUAUUUAUUAAUGAAGAAUCGCCCAAGGAAUGCGAUGAUGAGUCUGAAACGUUUGAAGCGCUGCAUUUCCGACGAUCAACUGGAGACGGACUUGGAGCAGAUGCAGAAGAUAGUUGUCCGCGAUCUCAGCGAUCGAGGCCGAUUCAGGGAUCUGUUCGACACGCCUGGCAAUCGACGCGCGGUCAUUAUCAGCAUCGGCCUGCAACUGGUCCUUCAGUUCAGCGGUAUCGCUGCGAUUGAGUCGUAUACUCAGGAAAUUCUCGAGGAAGGCGACGCGCAUCUACCCGCGAGUUCCUCUGUCAUCCUGUUAAGUGUGCUUCAAUUGAUCGCUGGUCUUGGAGCGGUGGUUCUGGUUGACAAACUAGGUAGACGACCAUUACUCAUUACCACCUCUCUUCUAGCUGGAGUCGCGCUGACCAUCACUAGCGUCUUCUAUCUCGUAAAAUUCCAAUUCGGAGUGGAUACAACUGGAUACGGCUGGCUGCUUCAUUGCUCCGUGAUAUUUUAUGAACUGAUCAUCGCUCUGGGCCUGAAUCCGCUACCUUACAUGAUGCUAGGCGAACUGUUUCCGACGAACGUCAAAGGCGCCGCCGUGUCGUUGGCCAAUCUAGUGUCUUCGUUGCUAGCCUUCAUCGUCUCCAAGAUGUAUCAAGUAAUCUCCGACAGUUUGGGAGUGUACGCAGCCUUUGGCUGGUUCGCUAUCAGCUGUUACGUCGGCGUAUUCUUCAUUAUGCUGAUCGUCCCCGAAACCAAAGGCAAGUCCUUACUAGAAAUUCAGGAAGAGCUUAACUGUAAGAAAAAGAAGAAGAAAAGCGCAAAAGGCGAACAAAUCCAAAUAAGUACGAUUUCUUAGGUCGUAGGUGCAAGUAAGGCCGCGAUGCUUAUGAAGAAUUCGCGAUAAUUUUUAAACGAUGAAAAUAAGCAAUGCGCGUUCCUGGAUUACAGAACAUUUGACAGGGAACUUCGAAGCGGUUGAUCGCUCUUCCAGUUACAUAUGCCCGGAUCGAUUGUAAAAACGAACGAGAAAUAUUUCCAACAAUCAUCGGUAAGAUCAAUUGUAAUAUUUACACUGAAAAGAGAG